AUGGUCCAGCGGAGCACCGGCUGUUCCAUUUGUGUAAAGCGCCGGGUCAAGUGCGAUGAGAGACGUCCUGGGUGCCUAAGAUGCGAGACACACGGAACAUCCUGUCCAGGAUACAACCGAGUCUUCGAAUUUGUCACCGCAAAGCCGCAUCGUUCCCGACGUCAGCCCAAAGCGUCUAGCUCUGAAGACGAACAGAGUCUGGCAGCGAUAGACUACGAAAAUGUUGCUUUCAAAAACAUAGUCACAUCACAAACACUGGGAGUUGCCGCUCUCAAUGUCACUCACUGCCUUGACAGGCUUACCGACGAAAUCUCCCAGCCGUUUCCAUCGAACUCGGGAUAUGUGAUCUCCCGGUGGUUCCUGCUCCUGCCGGGUUCUUAUGGGAGAAAUAAGACUCUAGACCUUGCCAUCAAAGCAUUUACUGCCCACCACGUUGGCAGCAUGACCAUGAACAAUCAAGCUAUGCGAUAUGCCAGGUCCGCUUAUCUUGAAGCGUUAAGAAGGCUCCGAAAAUCUCUAAACAAUCCGUCUGAGGCACUUUCCUCCGAGAUUAACUGCUGUGUGUUACUUUUGUGUAUAUACGAGCUCUUCGCAGAUACGCACCGCGGCGAUGUUUGGAUGAGCCAUGCAAAGGGCCUUACUCAACUGACAAAGGCUAGGGGAUUGUCGCGGUACCAGACCGAGUUUGACGGCAUACUGCUAAAGGCCUCCCGUGGGUUGAUUGUUAUGCACUCUCUCUUCGGUGGAGAAAAAUGCUUACUGGCUUCUGAUGGCUGGCUUCGCGUGAUGCGGGGACAGAAUAACAGCGAUCUGUCAGUUGAUUUCGGCGAUCUCGUGGAGGAAUUCUUUGCGCACUUCACCCUUUGCCCGGGUCUCAUCCAUAAAUUAUACGAGCUUAAGGAAGCAGACUUCACCGAACCUUCAACAUUAGUAGAGAUGUCAGACUUGCAAAAUAAAGCUCUCGACCUACAGGAAAAGCUCGUUCUAUGGUACGAUAGGUUUACAUAUACGACUCCUGUUCCCCGUGACGUUUUAUCGUCCACAGCAGACGCCAUGUACCCAACUAUCCUUUGGUAUUCCGACAUCAAUAGCGCCACAAUAUACUGCAGCUACUACUCUUAUAUGGUCCUCAUCCAUGAGAUACUGAGGACCUCCGGAUAUCCCGGCGAUCAUGGAGCUAUGGUUGCUAAUUUUCGCGAUCAGAUUUGCAAAUCAGUUCAAUAUACAGCACAGGGAUUCCUGGGUCCAUAUCGAAUGGGGUUUCCUUUGAGAGUAGCCUGGGAAGUCGCUGAUUCAGCCGUCAAAGAAUGGAUUGCAGGGUGCACGAAGAAAUUUUCCGAGUUCUAUGCCGUUCUUCGAGCAGAAAACUUUUAA